UGGAGAAGGAAUGCUUUUGUCGCAGUGAAUUGUGGGCACAGGCAGUAAAUCCAAGAUGGCGGCAAGUAGGAGGCUGCAUAAGGAACUUGACGAAAUCCGCAAGUCUGGAAUGAAAAAUUUCCGCAACAUCCAGGUGGAUGAGUCGAACAUCCUGACUUGGCAAGGCCUCAUUGUGCCAGACAACCCUCCAUAUGACAAAGGUGCAUUUCGGAUUGAAAUCAUAUUUCCUGCUGAGUACCCUUUUAAGCCUCCCAAGAUCACAUUCAAAACAAAGAUCUACCAUCCGAACAUUGACGAGAAAGGCCAGGUUUGUCUGCCAGUCAUAAGUGCAGAGAACUGGAAACCAGCAACCAAAACUGACCAAGUUAUCCAAUCCCUCAUCGCCCUCGUCAACGACCCUCAACCAGAACAUCCCUUGAGAGCCGACUUAGCGGAGGAAUACUCAAAAGACCGCAAAAAAUUCUUUAAGAAUGCAGAAGAGUUUACAAAGAAACACGGUGAAAAACGACCAGUGGACUAAUAAUGAAGCAGUGUGACGCCCAUCCACACACUCUCUUUUGGCCC